GGGGCGGCCAUGGCAGCGCCGAGCCUCGUCCAGGAGUUCUGCGAGGAAACGACGUGCCCCAUCUGCCUGGAGUACUUCAGCGGCCCCGUGAUUCUGGAGUGCGGCCACAAUUUCUGCCAGGCCUGCCUGAGCUGCUACUGGGAGGAACGGAAAGGCAACGCUUCCUGCCCUCAGUGCAGAGAAACGAUUACGCAGAGCGGCUUCAGGCCCAACCGGCAGCUGGCGAACGUGGUGGAAAUCGCCAAAAAGUUCAGCCUGCAGGCGGGAAAGGGGGGGGCCGGAGGGGGCGGGGAAGGAGGAGGGGGAGGAGGAAGGGUCUGCGAGACGCACCAGGAGCCCCUGAAGCUCUUCUGCAAGGACGAUGCGGCCCCCAUUUGCGUGGUGUGCGACAGGUCCAAGGAGCACCGGGAGCACCAGGUGAUUCCUAUGGAGGAGGCUGCCCAAGAGUACCAGGAAAACAUUCAGGCCCAAUUGCAAUCUCUGCAGGAAGAGAGAGAAAAGCGUAUGCAUUGGAAAAUGGCUGAGGAACGGAGGAGCCAGAAGUGGCUGGCGGAGUUGGGAGUGGAGAAGCAGAAGACCACAGCCGCUUUUAAGCGAAUGCACAAGAAUCUUGAGGAAAAAGCAUGCUUCUGGCUGGCUGAGCUGGAAGAGCUGGAGCAAGAGAUCGAAGAGAAGCAGGGACGAAAUGCCGCCAGACGCUCUGAAGAGAUUUCCCAUCUCAGUCAGUUGAUCACAGAGAUAGAAGGGAAGUGCCAGCGGCCAGCCAGCAACUUCUUGGAGGACACCAGACGUCCCUUGAACAGGUAUCAGAAGGAGCAACUGCUGGAAAUUUCUCCAGACCUGGAAGAGAGACUCGGGGGUUUCUCUCAGAAGUGUUCACUUCUAAAGAAUAUUAUGGAGAAAUUAGAAGGGUCACUGAUUCAAAUGCUGAACAAAGAGCGUGUGACUCUGGAUCUAGACACAGCUCAUCCCUUCCUCGCUCUGUCCGAGGAUCGCCGGUGUGUGCAGAGGGGACGGAAAAAGCAGGCUGUGCCCAACAACGCCGAGAGAUUUGACAGUAUGCUCUACGUGCUGGGCGAUGAGAGAUUCGUCUCAGGAAGACAUUGGUGGGAAGUGGAAGUAGAAGAGGAGGAAGAGGAAAAGGAAGGGGCAACGUGGGCCGUUGGGAUUGCAAAAGAGUCUGUCAGGAGAAAGGGAUACAUCAGCAUUAAUCCGAAUGAGGGAAUCUGGGCUGUGGGGAAGACAAGGUUUGGCGGAGUCUCGUCUGAGCCCUUCUGGGCGUUAACUUGCCCUGAGCGGAGUCUUUUGACUUGGAGAGGUGAGCGCAAGAAGAUCCGGGUGCUGCUGGACUAUGAAGAAGGGAGUGUGGCAUUUUUUGAUGCUGAUACAGAUGACUGGAUCUACACUUUCCCUUCGGCCACUUUCUCUGGGGAGGAGAUCCGACCCUUUUUCUUUGUUUGGUGGGGAGCUGGACUGAAGUGCUGAACCUUGACGAGAAUCCAUGCCGUCGCUGCCGCCUCCACAAUUGCUGCCACUCCCUCAUGGGUGACCGUCUGGCACUGCCUUUGUUUACCUGGUGCCCUCUAGAUAUCUUGUACUACAACUCCCAUCAUCCCUGACCAUGGAAUCCAAGACAUCUGGAAGCCACCACAUUGGAGAAGGCUGGUCUAACGCUGUGUGUACAGUUUCACAAGUGCCAUGCAAUGGACUACCGUCUUACAAGGUUACGAUUAUAGGUCUUACUACUCCCUGGGUGCGCCAGGAGUGGUAGAAAUUAAUGAAACCAUGUAAAAACUGAAAGCUGACACAUUAGGGGCUUCCCUUCAUUGCAGUAUUUUGAAACAAUCAUACCCUCUCGACACCACCCCCACCUCCAAAAGCUAGGAAAAUAAUCCAUCUAGGGUUGAACAUUUGUUUUGGCAGGACUCUUAAACCAUGAUAAGGCUGUUUAUCUGGCAUAAAGGCAAUACAUGUAGACUUGCCCAUCAAUUGCUUCUUCAUCUGCUGAAUAUUGCUGACAGAAGAGCCCUGCUGGGGAAAAGAUUAAGAUCAGUGGGAAGGAAUCAUCUACCCCUUCUUUUCUUUUUUUUUAAAGUAGAGAGCGGGGUUAUGUUGAAACACUGCACCAAAAUUAAGGUUGUCUAACACUCCCUAUUCCUUAUUUAUUUCUAUCACUCUUUCCCUGCUUAUGAAGAAUGAUCCAAUACGUGCAGUUGAGAAUGAGAAGUGUUCACUGUGUUGAACUGCGUCAUUGUAUACACUUGGGGUCAGGUGACAUGCUAGGCCAAGUGUUCUUCUGAUUUUGUUGGGAAGAGCAAAGGAGGAAGACUGGAACAACUGGGGGGGCAUAGAGGAGAUGGGGUUAGUCAAGCAAGGAGUCCGGCAGGGCCAGCCUUCCAUGGGAAAAUUUUAAAAGAGCUGCACAGCACCCACUGUUUCUUGGUCCCUCUGCCCACCUGUAAGCAGUCAGUGGGACCAAGAAGUGGCCACUCCCGCAGGCCUCCCAAGUGGCUCCCGCCCACCUGGACUGCUUGUUUGGGCAAAUGUCAGGCCACAUCCAAUGCCUGCACCCACCACCCCUUGGUCCUGGCAGGACCAAGAAGCAGUGAGUGAGGCCAGUAGGCACAGCCAGCCAGCUGCCCAAGUGAGUAAUCUAGGCGGCCGGGAGGCACUUAGGCAAGCGGCCACCUGUAUGUGGCCGGGAGGAGCAAGAAGUGGUGGAUGCCCACCUAAACUGCCCACACGUCAUCCUGCCGCCCUGUUCCCUCUGCUUGCCUGCAUGGCUGGUGAGCCAUUCAGGUGACCAAUCGGAACGAGAAGCCGCCACUUCUACACCUCUCCAGAAGUCCCAGGUCUAGUGAGACUUGAGACUUCCGGGGGGGGGGGGGGGAUGUACACAUGCCCAAGAAAAGAACGCCAGCUGGCAACAGCACUGGUAGCGCGGGUGCGCAGGGCGGCAAGGCAUGCUCAAGAGGCGGCGAGUCGCCUUGAGCUGGGCCUAGAGCCCAGACUGAGCCAGGCAGAAAUUCCCAUCUUUAGGGACCUUACUACUGGCAAACAUGUUCUAUCGAUGUCAGAAUAUCUUGGAAAUUAUUAAUUUAUUGUCAAAAAUGCCAAAUUCUUUAAUAAAAGCAUACAUCUGUUUUGGAAACUCACUCAUCUAGUUUUUCUUCACCUCCUGGGUGUGGGUCAGAGCACCAUUUGCCAGGAGGGUUUAAAAAUACGAGGAUGGAGAGUCCUGUGGCCCUCUAGAAAUUGGACUAUAAUUCUCAUCAUUCCUAACUAUUGGCUAUGAAUCUAAUCGCAUAUGGUUUAAUACUACAUGUUUCAUUGUACUCGUGUUUUACCAUUAAUGUUACAGCCCCCUGAAAAAGGCCUUAAAAAAAAGGACAGGCUGAAACACAUCGGGCUUCUUCUCAAUAAAACUAUUUUACACCCUGAGAA